AAUGAAAAAAAAAAAAAAAAAACUAAGGUACAGACAGGUGCUCGUCGUGUCUCGUCCAAGCGACCCAAAGAAGACAACCUCUUGCUCUCUCGGUCUUCUUCCUCCAUCGCUCGUGUCUUGUCCAGGCGACCCGAAGAAGACAGCUAUAUUUAAACAAAGCAAUCAAAUCUUAAGCAAUGGUAAAAACCAAACAGCAGAAGUCCAAACCCAAGAAAACUCCCCAUGUGAAAAAACAGGGAAAGCAGGCCAAUAUCGUGCAGUUUCGCGCUCAGCUUGAUGCAUUGGGCCUAAAAAUUAUCGAAGUGACUGCAGAUGGUAAUUGUUUUUUCAGGGGACUUGCAGAUCAGCUUGAAGGUAAUGAGGAGGAACAUGGAAAGUAUCGCAGUAUGGUGGUCCAGUAUAUAAUGAACACUCGUGAAAUGUUUGAACCCUUUAUUGAGGAUGACGUCCCAUUUGAUGAAUACUGCCAAUUGAUGGAAAAGGAUGGCACAUGGGCUGGACAUAUGGAAUUACAAGCAGCUUCUCUUGUUACGCUUAGUAAUAUAUGUGUUCACCGGUACAUGUCACCGCGUUGGUACAUCCGAAAUUUUGAUCAGCACGGAGCUCGUAUGGUCCAUUUAUCUUAUCAUGAUGAGGAACAUUACAAUAGUGUGCGAUCAAAGGAUGACCCUUGUAAUGGGCCAGCUCAGCCAAUUAUAAUCAAGGUUGAUGCUGAUCUUUCAGCAACAUCUGUUCAAGCAAAAGCUGUGUGUAGCACUAAAGCAGGAAUUGCAAAGGACAGUUUUGAUGCAGGAUCCCUUAAAUUGGUCAUGGCAGGAAGUGGUUGUGAAAAUGCUGAGAAAGUCAAACAGGUUUUACUAGACGUUAAUGGUGAUGUUGAUGCUGCAAUAGAGUUUUUAAUAGCGGAGCAAGAAUCAGAUUCCUUUUCAGCAGAAAAUAAUUCCCUUUGUUCUGACACGAAUAUUUCUUAUGAAGGUCAAGGAGAUGGUGUAGACGGCAACUGUGAACAAUACAAGGACGAGCCUGUAAAGAAGACCAACGAACAAGUUUCAUCCAAUAAUCGCACCAAACAAACCCAGGAUGAUAGCAGUUCCAGAGAAAAUGGCAAGAUUCCAAGAAACAAGGACUGUUCCUGCGGAUCCAAAAAGAAACACAAGGCAUAUUGUGGAGCUGUGAAGGGAAGAUCGUCUACUAAGAUUGCCAUAUUUGUUGUGUCAGUGACCGAAAAGUUGACCUUAGAAAAGGUAGAAAAGAAACAAAGCACAACAAGAAAGGACAUGCUGAAUCCGUGCCAUCCAGUGGAUCUGAUGGUUGGCUGCCUGACAUGGGUGCUCUUUGUAUAUGACCAUGAACUUGAUUUUUAUUGCAGGUCGCCCGGGAUCUACCAAUUGAUGCCUGCCCCUCAUCCUAAAUGAAAAAAAAAAAAAAAAAAAACCCUCUGGGCAGUUCACCACCACCUAGUCAGGCAAGCUGGGUAUCUACUGCCUGCCUUGAGGUCAGUGUUAUGCCUCAGGUUGAAGCUCAUGCUUUAUCCUCCACAAGUCGUCAAUAUAUCUGAAAGCAAGCACGACGCACUAAAGAAGGGUUGUAAUCACCCCACAUCAAGAAAAAGCUCAUGGAGAGAUCAUGGUUCCCAAGAUCUCUUUUUAUAAAGAUUCCUCUAAAGAUUCCUCUUCGGCAAAACUAAAACUAUUCAGUUCAAAAUAAUACGAAGGGAAAGUAGAGGUAGGAGCUACAAAUUUUGGUUUCUCUGAACAUCUUCAGGAUAUUGACCAUCCUGUUAGAGAAUUAAAAGAAGAAGAAGAUAAUUCUCUUCAUGGGUUCCACUAUGAUAGUCCAAUCUUGUAUAGGGCCAUAAAAUUAGCCUUCAGCCACUUGCUCCUUGUUGACAAGCUUUGUUUUGUCAAGGAAUCAUGGUAGUGUCUUUGUAUGCAUCGGCAGGUGCCUCUUGUCCAUUUCAUAUAUAUAUAUAUAUAUAUAUAUGUGGUAAUGUUCCCUAUUGUUUUGAGCUGGGGAGGAGGGAGGGCUUUAACCUGGAGUGCCUUUCUGGAUGUGGGGUGAUUACCAUUAAGUUACCUCUGCUUGUCUACAGUGAUUCUGCGUGCUAGUGGUAAAGAAUCAUGUUCGCGUACUCGUGAUGAAAGAAUCAUGUUCUUCAAUAUUUUAUUUUUCAUUUA